CAUGUCAGAUAAGAGUAGAGCAGGGGGAUGAGUGUGCUUUCACGAAGGGGUGAGUCGAGGGAAGCCCCUCUGACAGUUCUAGGGGGAAGCCAAAUCAAGGCUCUACUCCUAGAGUGAAUUAGUUAGUUGUCAAGUUCUGAUGCCAGUGAGAAGUGAAGUGUGUAAAUUGUAAUGCGAGCGCUGUUGCGCGGAGCACUCUACUGUGCUUUGUGGUACGGCAGCAUCGUCGCUGGAUUUUUAUUCAUAGCAUGCCCACUUUUGCCUGUAUUACUACUGAGCCCUAUAAGAUUUCGAAAAUGUGCAGAUUUGCUAUUUUCAUGUUGGGAACUUUAUCCAACGGGAUUACUCGAGUUGUUCGGUGUAAAGAUUCUGGUAUCGGGAGAUCACAUUUCCCCCUAUGAAUCAGCCAUUCUUGUUAUGAACCAUAGAACCAGAGUUGAUUGGAAUUUUUUAUGGGCAGCAAUGUACCAGGCAUGUAUGCCAGAAGUUGCUGCUCAUAAAUUGAAAUUCAUUCUCAAAGAUCCCAUUCGACAUAUUCCAGGGCCAGGGUGGGUGAUGCAGAUGAAUGGCUUCCUUUACAUAACGCGGCACUGGGAGGAAGACCGAGGACGUUUGUCAAACUCACUGGAUUAUUUAGUGGCACUAGGCAGGCGGUGUCAACUUUUAAUAUUCCCUGAAGGAACAGAUUUAACUCCAAACAGUAAAGAAAAGUCCGACAACUACGCGGCCAAACAUGGCUUGCCAAAAUAUCACUACACGUUGCAUCCAAAAACAACCGGGUUCAGUUACUUGGCACGUCAUCUUCACCAGGCUCAGUACCUUGAUGCUGUUUACGAUCUGACAAUAGCAUAUCCUGACUAUGUACCACAAUCAGAGGUGGAUCUAGUGAGGGGAAAAUUACCCAAGGAGGUCCAUUUCCACGUCAAGCGUAUUCCUGCUACCGAUGUCCCAACAGAUGACUUGAUGCUGCGACAGUGGCUGGAGAAGAGGUGGCAUCAAAAAGAAACAAUUCUUCAAGAAUUCUCCAAAGGGAAAGCUUUUCCAGGUAAAGUGUGGCCAAUGGCUUCUUCCUUGCCUCUGAGAGCCGCUAUUGGAUUUUGGAGUUUGCUAACAGGUGCAACGGUUCUGUUACUCGUUAUUUCUCCGUUAUUUCAACUAUGGGCUUUAGUACAUUCAGCUUUAUUUGUUGCCCUCUCCUUGUUCAGCACUGGUUUCAAUCAAAUUGAAAUGGGAUGGUAUUGGCGUUGGAAAACUCAAAGUUAAGAAAACGUAUUUGGGUAUAAUACCAUUGUAAGCUGAAUUGUUUUUUAUCAACUGUGGAAAACCUGGUGCCACAACAUUCCAUGUUGCACUAUGAUGCAUCGCAGGUGAAUACAGAGGCAAGUAAAUAGCACUAUAAAUUUUUUUAAAUCAUGUGCUGUCUCCUGAACUUUCUCACUAUUCAAUUAGCUUGAAAUGUUUUAAUUGUUAGCAGGCACUACAUUUCACCUUCUAAGAAAGAGUAACGAGAUGUGAGAAAAUUCGUAAACGCAUGUGAUGUUUAACUACAAUGGAAUAAUAUGCAAACAUUUGAAUGGCUCUACAAAAUGGUAUUUUUUUAACCAAUGGCAUUUGAAGCAGUUUAAAAAUUUUGACAACUUGAUAAAUUAAUAUAUUUUAGUACAUUCGAUGUACACCUACUGCGGAAGAUAUUUAUCUUCAACGGUGUUGAGAAUUAGUAUUUUUUAAUACAACAGUUAUAUAUUUUCUGAAAAAUCCUUUGAGUUUUCUUGAGUUUUACUGAGAUUUUUUUACAUGGAGUGAUAUCAGCAUGACUGCAUAAUAUACGAAUAAGAAAAUUGCUUGGUAUUUCGUACACAUUGGAAGUUGAUUUUUAAUUUUCAUACCUACCCGAAAACUUGAACGUGCCCUUAAACUUUUAUACUAGUAGUAGAAGUAAUAUAACUGAAAAAUUUUUUUUCUUCUCUCAUUCAUCAUUUAGUAUUCAACUCACAGUGUGACGUUAAGUAUAAUAUCGCCAUUCGUUGAUUGCAGUCGUUUUAAUCAAACCUAUUCAGGAUAUGAUUUAAUUCUAUCCAGCAAUGAAAAAAGGGUGCUUACUAGCAUUAUGUGCAAUUCUAUGAACAAUUAUUGCAAUUCAGAAACAUGUUGUAAAUUUAGUAAUCGGUGUCAUCUAUUCGCUUACAAUUAUUCAAAUACACGUAUUUCUCACAAUUGAUUGAGUACAUACCAAAAUUUAACCCAUCUUGUUAUAUUCAAGAUGAUAUCAGUACUAGAAGUCGGUAAUAAUCGCAAACAAUGCCAAAUAAUUUGCGUUUUCAAGCACUCAUUGUUGCACUAUUAUUUUGGCCAUUGAUAUACGCAGCUCAAUCUAAUUAGUUGUGUAAUAUGUAAUAUAAAUUUAAGAUGGUUCGCGAGCCUUGUUGACCUGUUAUUUUAUGCGCAGUUAUAGCCUCAUAUCCUGUUUGAAUUUCGAUGCACAGAGUGUAUUUACAUUUUAAAGAAUAGCUUAUAGUAAAAUUUUAUUCAAUAUACCUAUACCUUAUAUACAUAUACAUAUAUAUACACACACACUAUUUUAAGCAUCCAAAUACAACGUCUCUAGAUUGACGCUCGGACAAAAUACAAUUAACACUUAGCAACAUGGAAAACUCAAUCAGAUCUUCGUUAAAAAACCAAACGAACAUGUGCAGUCACUUGAAAUAGAUGAAUUACACAAUUAUAAUCGUGAACAUGAAAUGUAACUCAUAUUUAUUCAUCUGUCACGAUUAUCCAUCAAUAUUGUUUGCAAUUAUAAUUAUCAGAUAAUCCUGAAAUUUUUUAUUUGAUUUGUCAUAAAAAUUUUGGCGAUGGGUUGUACUUCGAAGAUCUAGUGAUAAAAUACAGCUGUACAUAAGAUUAACCAAGUGUUAAUUGUACCUUGAGCGAGUUCAGUAUUCUAAAAUAUAUGUAUUGGAAGUUCGGACAGAGAAUAUAUUUUUUCCGUAGUUGUAGCAUAUCUCGUAAAAUAAGGAAAAGUGAAUUCACGUGCCAAAGAAGCAACUAUGGUCGACGACACUUCUCUAUUAGCUCAACAGGUUCAAUGGAUUGCGUAAAAUUGGGUUCUUGCGUGUUUGAAAUGAGUUUUUUUUUUUUCCCUCAUAGAAAAACAGCGUAAUAUUUUUCCAGCAAUAACUUGAGUAAAUAAAAGUUAACGAGUAAAUGUUUUUCAAGUGCGAUUCAUAAAUUAUUUCAUUAAAUCUAUUGAGUGAUAGUGAUGAAUUUAAGUGUUGGGACCAGGAUAGGUUGCACUAUGUAUUAAUAGUAAAAUCUCUAAUAGGUAUCUUGUACUGUUUGUAAAUUAGCACCACCAUACAUAUAAAUAUCUAAGCAGUUAGCUGGAUUGAAUGGUAUAACAACUACAAUGUGUAUGUAUGAAAAAAAUAUAUAAGAAUGCUCAUGUAUCUUUAGCUACAUAAAUGUAUCCUGUUAAUUGUAUAUUCGUCAUUCAAAAUAGACAGAAAUUACUUUUAUCGGUGUUAGUAAGAGAUGAGCCAAAUGUUCAUGCAAUUAUACUAAUCCUAAGUGUGUACCAACCUGAAAGGGUAAAUUCGUUUAGAUUCUAAUGGCGUUUAAGGCAAUAUCUUCUUUAGCAACAGAAGUGACGUACAAAGUUCGAUAAUACAGACCCAAAACUAUUCAAAGCAACACUCUCUGCACUUUCGAUUCAAGAAAUACAUUUCAGUUUUACUGUAUACGGAAAUAGAACGUAAAGGGAAAAAACAUGCUUAAGAUUAGUAAUUAUUUAAAUGUGUAUCAGCCGACUCUUAGAAUUCUCUGUAGCAAAAUGAAGAACGUUGAAAUUCAUUUUGGUUUCAAAUCCUGUGAUAAUGAAACUUCGUGUUCAUAUACUAAAAACUUUUGCCAGUUGAAAAUAUCAUCAUCGAGAAGCAUCUGUCUAGUAUAUUUUUCAUUGUAACAGAAAAACUUUGUUCUUACAAUUCAUGUGGAGUGAUACUUUCUUUUCAUUUCAUGAAUCUAACACAAAAGCUGAUCGUUAUUAGAUGAAUUCAGCAUUCUAAGAAUCCAAUGGUAUACCAUUGAUCGAUGUCACUUUUCGUUUUGAAACUCGGACAUUGUCCAAAACAAAAUCAGCAAUCGAAUAAAUUAGGUCUGCUCAAUAUGAAUGAAUAGUUUUAUCGUUAGUUAAGGAUAAAUGAUAAAUAGUAAUCUGUUUUUAAUCGAUAUUUAUUUUCUUCAAUAGAAGAAGAAAUGUUCAACAAAUGCGUACUAUCACUGAUUCUCAAACACACUUAUCAAUGAUGAGUACGUUGAUGUUAGUUAUACAUGUGUUACAUGUUUUUCGUUUCAUAUGCCUGUAGCUGAUUAAUAUUUCAAUAUUUAAUAAACUUACUUUCAUGAAUGGUAGCAACAAUGUGUAAUUGUGACAUGUAUAGUCACAAGUCAAAUGGAUUUAGUGUAAUUCAAUUUUCAUUCAAUUAAAAUCAUGUUUCUGUGCACUGGAUGUAUGUACAUAUCUGAUUUUAAAAUCAAAAGUGUAACACAAAUUCGAUCACAACUGCCUCUCCAUAAUCCC